CUAGUUCCCCAAACCAAAGGAUUCCGAUGUGGGACUAAAGCAGCGGACAUAACUCAACGUUAAGCUAUUCUUUCAAAAUGGGGUUUUACCGACAACAAACAUCUUCAUCUAUUCAGUAGUAGGGUUUAUUACAUAACGAGUUCGGCGCUACUUUCAGUCGUAAACAGUUAUAAGCUAAAACAUGUCGAAAUCGAAAAACAAGAAGAGAAGGGAAGUCCAAGAGCACCAUGAGCAAGAAGAAUCGGAGAAGAAGAAGAAGAAUAUUGAAGAGGAAGUGAUAACGGAUGUGAAGAUUGAAUUACGGGACGAGAACCCAGAUAAAGUUGAUCCCGUAAUCGGAUAUUUUCCGUCCGGGUAUGACCCGAGUGGGGGAGGAGAAGGAACGGAGGAGCCUAAUGUUACGUUUUAUAAGCAUCCCAAGCGGGUUAAUCGGAUGAAGUUGGUGGUCGAUCCGAAUGGUGAGAACUCCCGGGUCAAUUUCGUCGGAACUAGCUUCUCCGGCGAGGCCAUGGCGCCUCAGGUUUGCACUUACCGUUUAGGGAUUCUGGAUAAGGCAACUCAGACGUUGAAGAUUGUUCCAAUUGCUGCAAAUAAGAUAUUCAGGUUGGAACCUAGAGUUGAAGGUUUUGACCAGCCAGAGGAUGAAAUUGAUAAUGAGAGACGUGAAGAAACGGCCGAAGAGAGGAACGCAAUGAAGGAUAAACUGACCAAGACGUACUCUACCAAGAAGAGCAUGAGAGAGGCUAGGAAACUCGAGAGACUUCGUGAGAAACCUGAUGAAAAUACCAAGAAUGAUUUGACUAAGCAGUUGGAUGGGGUCAAGAUAAAUGAAUCUGCCCUCAAAGAUCCAGACACUAACAAAGAUGCUCGAAAUAUCCCUCCCUAUGAUCUGGAAGCCACGACACCUGAAGCAGCAUAUCCCUUGAACAAGAUCAUCUUUGAAGGCGAGUGGGAGUACCUAUUGGAUGUACUAGAACUUUCAAAUACUGGAGCAGAAGUUUCUGGCGAUGUUUAUCCCACCUUUGUUCGCAACCGAGUUUAUAAAUUGGGUGAUAUCAAGGUAUGCAUUUUAUUUACUCUAUUUUCUCCUCUGUGACUUCAACCCUAGUUAAGAGCAUGUAACGUCUAGAUUCUCCUAGAAUAAGUUGUCAAAACUCAUAUUACUCAUAACCUACCACGUUGAAUGGAUUUUUAUAUUUGCUGUGGUAUUCAUUGUGAGCAUGGUUUAGGAACUUGAGUUUAUGCCCAUCAGGAGCAUUGGAGUUUAUAUGCAUGCUUUAGUUCACGUUAUAGUACUUGCGGACGCAGUCGAUGCUUUAUUUUGGUAGAAUGAAGGACCGGAGGGCCUGGAAACCUAGUUUUUGUUUCUGUGAUCCUCCGCGUAUACCAGGCUAAGAAGCAAUCUGGUCUCUUUGUUCUUUUGCUAGGAUUUAACUUUUGAGCGAAAAUCAGUUCAUCUAAUAUGUUGCUCCUGGAUGUCGUAGAAUGAAAUGGAGAAGCGCAAGGUUGCAGGUAUAUUGUCAUACAUCACUCAUCUUAUCAAAUUCAAGGAUAGGCAUUCAAUGGAUGGUGUUUCAUCAGCCAAGAAACACAGAUUUCCGCCCAUCUUGUUCCAGAGAUUUUUUUCGUUGUUUACCCCUUCAGAGUCUAAUAGAAUCCCUGGUGACAAAAUGGACCUUCUUAUUAACUAUAUUCUGGUGCUUACUCUGUAUGCUGACGAAUUUAAAUCAGAUUUUUCUGACAUAAAAAAAGAUUUAAGAAUGUCUGCUGGAGAGUUGCGAAACUACUUUGACUACUUGGGUUGCAAGAUUGUGAGAGAGAAGGAAAUGACGCUUGCCACCCUGCCUCUGCCAUUGCAUUUUCGGGAUGGUCAUAGGAAGCGGCAGCGGCGAGUGUAAAUGGUCAACUGUAUGUAUUGUCUUCCUGGAUUGUCAGCUUGUCAAAAUGGAACCAAAUGUGUUGAAGUUUUGAGCAUCGCAUCAUGAAGAUUGAGAAGGAAAAGGAAAGAUAAUAUUGUUGGCACAGGUGAGGUUUGGUAUUAUGUUGGGAAUUCAACUGGUUUUGUAGUGUUGGUAUUUGGAGAUUGGAGGCAAAGAAAUGUAGGGUCCUGUUCCAAAUAUGUUAAACUCUCAGUAGUUUGGAUUCUAGCUUUUUUAAUUAAGUUUUUGAACCUGGCUUGAUAUAUGAUUACUCUGGAGUAUAUAUACAUUACCUUUUAUCUAUGUGUAUCCUCAAUGUUUUUGUAUCCUUCCAACAAUUUGUAAUAGUAGUUCAGACCGAAUGAUGACAGGAAUUGCAUAAUCCAAUGUUGAAAAUUUCCUUUGUGGCUAGAUGCAAAACAAAAUGUGGAUAUUACGUCAUUCUCUAUGCUACAUGGCUAAUUUUCUUCUACUCUACUAC